AUGAUGUUAAAGGUACUUUUACUGGCGUGCGCAGUAGCAGCCGUUCAAGCAGGGGGGUUGAUUACUCCUGCAAGCUACUAUGGCUCAUACGCUUACGGUGGUUGGAAUCCUUACAGCUCUUACCCCGCACAACCAGCAAUUGCGACACAACAAUCUAAUAUUCUAAGAUCACCUUUCAAUUUAGGACAGGUAUCAACGUACUCGAAAGCCAUAGACACUCCUUUUUCUAGCGUUCGUAAAGCAGACGUGCGUGUAAGCAACCCGGGAUACGCAAUCGCACCGUCAUACCGCGGAUUAGCACCUUUGGUUUCUGCACCGCUAGCUGCUCCAAGGGUAACAACAGGUCUUUUGGGUGUGGCGUAUUCUGCUGCACCUGCAGUAUCUCACAUGACAUAUACUAAUGGUCUCGGCCUAGCUUACGCGUGG